GACGAGUCAUUGUUAGUCACUGGGAUCCUGCCGAUAACAUCUCUUCAGCAUUUUAAGUGAUCAUCUUACUUCAACUUCCGCAACUUCUGAGAAAAGUCAAAGAGCUUUGUUGUUAUCAUCGCUGAUGUUUUCAGAUUCUAUGAUGGGUGACGCUAAAGAAACCAGAAAAAAUCUUCAGACAGCGCGGAAGGUCACAUUUCAUCUGAGUUCCUUUUCACCGGAUGUAACACCCUCUUCACAAAUACCCUCUCUCAAACAAGGAUCUUUCAGCAGCGCCUUGUUCAACGAUCCAAAGAGUAAGAUCAUCUGCAAUCUGGCCAAGGAAUCCGAGUAUAUCCAGGGCAUGGUUAAAGGAACACUUGACCCCAAUGUCUUUGGCGGCUACACGGUGCAGGAUGCUGCCUAUUGCUUCAAGGCAGUGGAUUCUUACGAACGAGCUGCUGAGAAGAUGCAAGAAGUUGGCAAACCUGAAUUCGCUUUACUUUACAGGGCCCAAUCAGAGAGUUACAAAAGCUACAACCAGUAUUUUGUACAAACAUGGCGGCUCCAAAAUACAGACAGCGUGGUUAUGGGGCCGGCAGCAGCAACGUACGUGGGAUAUGAGCGUGCCUUGAGCCAAAACGAUCCCAAGUACCUGUGUAUUGCCAUGUUACCAUGUACCAUGCUAUGGCCCUGGAUUGCCGACCAACUCAUCGCUUCAGUCAACAAGAACAACCCAUAUUACGUCUGGUUUGAAGACAACAAGCCAAGCCCGGGCCACAAAAGCCACCUGGAGAAGUUCGUAGAUCACUUCUUUGUCCAAGUAGGGCCUGAGGAACGGCAGAAGUGCCUUUCCAUUUUCCAAGAAGGUCUGGUUAACGAAGUGAAUUUCUUCCGCAGUGCCUGCGAUCAAACCCUGUUUUACUACUCGUCCUUCCAGGAGUAACUUGUAAAAAGAUAUUAAUUUUGUUGUUUGUGGUUGGAAUUAGUGUGUCUGUGCUGCUUCAGAUGAUACCUCUGAAAUAGAACUAACAAGGAAAUUUGUCUAACCACAAAAAUUACUCCUUUUUUAUCGUAUAGGAACAUGUAGGUUGAAAUUAGGACGGAGACGAAAGAGGGGGUAGGUACCCAUACUCUUACACUAGAACCAGCUGGCCCUUUUUCACCGGCAAUAAUUCCUGAUUAUUUAGCAUCGACUUGAACAUGACUUCAAGGCCUUGUAAACAUACCAAACCUUUUUGUUACUUGAGUUUUAGUUUUUUUUUUAAACUCCCCAGAUGGCUGUAGUAAGGGCCUGUCAACAUCAAGAUAACAUCAACAAUGUAGAAUAUACAAUACUGUAAUGGAAAUAAUAGCAUGUUCAGAUGACAAUUAUAAAAUGGUAAAAGGCAAAUAAAAAUUUAAAACAGCAGUUGAAUAUGUCCUAACAUUAUUUGCAGACACUCAAAAUGUCACAAGAAAGUUAAUUUAAGAAGUACUUUCACACAGCGGUGUGGCUCUUUGUCCGCAGUUUCAUUCCCUUGAGCUGUUUUGCUCAGUGGAAUUGCAACUACAGUAUAACGUAUAUUCUUUUUUUUUUUUCUGGAAACAAAAACUUCAUACUCCUCGGGGGAAAGAAGCUUUUUCUUACCUAUCCCCUCCCUCUCAGGGUCAACAGAAAUCAAAAUGUGUGGCCUUGAAAUUAUUGUUAAUGUAUAAUGCAAACCUAGCUCAAACUUCGUUAAAAAUGCAUGAAUACAGACAAGCCUGAGUUUUUAUUAUCACUUACAGUUUCCUUGAUGCGAGCCGACAACCACCUGUUU